AUGGACACCUCUAAAAUUUUGCUGAUUGCAGUUGUUUUAACUGCAUGUUCAGUGAUCUUUCAAGUGAUUGGUCUAGCCUCACCGUACUGGAUUCAUGCUGAUGUUCCACCUAAUAAACUUUAUUCUGGUCUCUGGAAGGCUUGUCUGGAAGAAGAAGGACGUGACUCCAUUUGCAAAGAUCUAACAAAUACAACUGAUUGGCUAGAAGCUGUAAGGACUCUGAGUAUCUUAGGACUUCUGGCUCUAUUGGUUUCUUCAAUAGCUGCCGCUUUGAAACUAUUUAUUAUGAAAGAACAGAAACAAAUUCUUCUUGUUGCAAUUGCUGCUGCUUUUGCCGGAGCUAUCUUCAUUCUGAUUUCAAUAGCCGUCUAUGCAGCUAAAAUAAAUGAGAUAAAUACUGCAGAUAUCUUUAAGUUUCACUUUGCGUUCGCAUUUUGUAUCUUGGCAAUGUUAGAAGGGCUUGGAGGCGGCGCACUGAUGCUGAUAGAAAUGAUGAAAUGA